AUGGCACAGGUUGGUGCCUUCCCCGUGUUGAUACGCCGGUGGGCCAUCCUGACUGCGAGGAACCUGGGCAAAGUCGACCGAGACGAUUAUUACGACAUCCAAGAAGUGCUAAUCUGUUUAUUCAAAGUGGUAGAACUGGGCCUCUUUGAAAACCCCGAUAUCUACAGCUCAUUGGGGGUUGAGAAAACCAGACUGGUCCUGUUGCCCCCCCACCUGUACGACACCAGCAAUUACAAGAACUAUUGGCUUGGUCUCUGUAUGCUGCUCUCGGUGCUGGAGGAACAAGCAAUGGACACGUUGCUGCUCGGGCCAGACAAGCAGAACUUCAUGCAGUCCAUCAUGAAUACCAUGAGGAAGCAGACAGACGGUGAAAUCCAUGACCCCUUUUGGCCCGUCCUCCACUGUUUCAUGGUGAUCCUGGAUAAAUUGGGGUCCAAAGUGUGGGGCCAGUUGGUGGAUCCCGUCCAGGCUUUCCAGACGAUCAUCAACAAUGCGAGCUAUAAGAAGGAAAUAGAGAGCAUUCGACAAAACUGCUCCAGGACAAAAUCAGAACCACCAUCAGACUACGAGGAUGUAGCAAUUACCUGCAGCCAGAUUGUAUAUAACUACAACCCAGAGAGGCCCCAAAAGGACUCAAGAUCGAGGAUUACUGCUUGCUUGGACUACUGCCCCAACUUUUAUGAAGAAAUGCAGACCCUGACCGACAUGUUCCAGUACGACGUCGGGCGGGACAUGCGUCUGCACCACAGCACUUUCCUCUGGUUCAUUCCUUUCGCCCAUUCUCUGAUGGACCUCAAGGGGCUGGGUGUCGCCUACAGCAUGGUGGUCAUCCAGCACCUGUGUUCCGAAGUCAAGGAGGUCCUCCACCAUGCCGUCCAGCCUUGCGACAAAGUGUCUCAGUUUUUCAUCUGGAUCCUCGUGACGGUGGUGGAGCUCAGCUGGAAGAAGAAAUGCUUCAACACUUUGUGGGUCAGCUCUCAAAACUGGGUGGAGGUGGUGGUGACGUGCGCCGGGCUUCCAAGCAUGGCGUUCGCUGAGAGGGACCUGGCCAGAAACGGACCCAGAAGCCUCACAAAAGUCCCCUCAUGGGAACCGGAGUCUAUACAGUCUGUUUGUAUGAAUUUGAUCCGGGUUCUCCUAAAGGAAGGCUAUCAAAUGGGGCAAAAGGCCUCUCCAUUCUUGGACGAGCUGAAUUUGCUUCGACGUAGCCGCGAAGACUGGAAGCUGAGCCCCCAACAGGCGCGGGAAUUACAGACUUCCUUGAUUGAAAUCAUAAGAAGCCUCUGGACCAAGUCGUCGAGCGCUUCCUCCCAUGGAGAGAGUCCGACCAACCUCUUCCGAGAACAAGGGAGGAAAAGCCCAGGAUACCUUCCCCAAGAACACUCCAUCUAUCAAUCGCCAAGAAACCAGGCCGAAGUUUUCCAGGAAGGAACCUUGUCCGAGAAAAAACGCAGCUUGGACGAGGAAGGCAAAGGAGCGGUUUGUGGAGAACAAAGCUGUCAGAGAAAUUCGGAGUUCCAAUCGACCAACAUUAAGCAGGAACAAAAACAUGAAGACCACAUGUUGCAUUCCACUUCAACAGGGGGCUCCACCCAGAACAGUUUCCACUCGACACUGGGGAACCAGAAUAGCUUGCUAAACCAGAGCAGUUUUGACAAAGACUUCCAAAAGAAAGACACCGAUGGGAAGGAAGAAAAGCCCAGAAUUACCAGUUCUGCUCUGGAAGGAAAACAGAUUCCAAAAAUGAUCGCCGAGAAAAUUAAGUCGAACAAAGCGGACUUCACUUUGAAAUUAAAACAGUUCGUGGAGAAUAGGAAGAGGCUGUGGGGGCCGGAGAGCGAAAAGCAGCCGUCCAUGAAGGAGGAAAAGCAGGAUCAUCUGGAAGGGACGACGAGAAGAACGUCCAGAGAUGGGAGCAGCACAUCUGGCGGCCUGCCCUGCAAUCUGGCACCAAGUUCGGAGAACAGCUUCCACGCCGAAAUCCUUUCCAUAAAGAAGGAACCCAGAGACAGUUUGGCCGAGUUUAAGAGCUGUUGGAAAAGUGGGGAAGAAUCAGAAGAAAGUAGCACAGAUGAUGAUCUGAACGUCCCCUUGAUGGAGAUUAGGAAGGAGCUGGUGAGAAAGAAAUUGAUGGCCCAAGCGACGGAGCCCGAAGUAGACAGAGAGGGUAAAUUGCAUUCAGUGGCUCGUCAAGAAAGUACCUUGACUUACCAGAAUCCUAUUCAGAGGAAAGUUCAAGGGGCGUUGAGGUCUCUCUCUGAGAGCGAAAGUCACAUGUUGUCCUCUGAAGCAGGUGGACCUUCGAACCAGGAUAUCAUCAUCAUCAUUUCGGACACAUCUUCUGACGAAGAAGAGAACAAAGUGAACUUGAGCCGUAGGAGCCAAGAAGAAGAAGACGGGAGCGGGUCCCGUCAGAAGGACCCCGAGCCCAACGAGCAAGAGGUCAUAACCGUGUCCAGUUCUCCUUUCAUGUACGGGGAAUGUGAAUCCCAGUGCUUUGAGUUUGAAACCGAAGACGAGGUCUACUCCGCUUGGCAAGAUGACAGCCAGUUGGACAAGGCGGUAGAGGCGGAUGUUUUUUCAGGGAAGACGGCUGGCGGGUCCGCCUCAUCUCACUUGGAGUUGGCGGGGUGCCGUAGCGAGCAGGAUGAUGAUACAGAAGGCCUUGGGGAUGAUGUUCUCGAAAAAGCCGCAAAAGAAAUGGAACAGCAGGUGAAAGCUGGUAAAACCAAACCGAAACUUCCCGUCCAGGAUGAUGAGGGGAAUGUCGGAGAGGGAAGCACCACUGUUUGUUCAAAGGAUUUCACAGCCACGCACGAUGAUGGUCGGGACCCUCCCGGACAGAGUCCAGAUUCCCCUACGCCACCCUCGCCCUCAACAUCUGCUGGACCUUUGACCCCAUCUCUGAAAUCGACUCCCGCACCAAGGAAGAGCUUGGUCAAAUCCAAGUCGCUCAAUACCGCUCCACAGAGUCCUGAGGAAAGAAGGCCCGUGGCCAAAAAAAAGUCAGCCCAGGCCACGCCAUCUGGAUCGACUCGCCCUUUCGUGGUCCCUCCCGACAAGGUCCACCAAUUUCCCGAGCCAACGUCCACCGUCGAAAAGCUGGGCCUGAAGAAGAAACCCCGCAGAGCCGCAGAGCUCUCCCAGCGUUCCCACGAUGUCCUCGCCCAGUUGCGCAGCUAUGGGAAAAGCGCUGGGCAGCUUCCCCAGAAGAAGGCCAAGCUGAUUGAACCUCGGCGGAUGGUUGUCCGGAGCAAAUCUCUGUUGGCCAGCCAAGAACGCCAGUUCUUCAGACAGUCAAGAUCCGAGAAGAGAGAGAAAGGGAAGGACCUUCCCAGAGCCAAGAAGACUUCCCCCAAGCCACCCGUGGACACUUCUGGCAAGAAGAAGGUGGACAAUCUAAAAGGAAAGCCAAGCCAGCCCAGCCAUUCUUCUCACCCCCUGAAGAAAUUUCUGCCACAGCAUUCAGGAGAGGAUGAUGGGUCCCACUCUGCAGCUGUGGAGAGAGAAGAGGCUCUUCCACCAUCAAGGCAGGAGACUGUCGAGCCUGAUUCAGAUGUUCCAGGGUGUUUCACCUCUGCUCCAGGGAGUGCCUGCUCUUCAAGUGAAGUUGGUGGGGUCAACUCGGCUUCUUCCAAGAACCUGAGUGAGGAUGCGCCUGGCUUGAAGAAGGAUCUUGACCCAGGGGAAAAUGAGGACGACUUGUUCCUAACCCAGAGAGAUCUGGUGGACAUGGAGCUUUGCUCCCAAAUGGAAAGCAGCAGUUGCCCAGAAGGCUUAGAUGUCCACCCAACCUUGCAGAAUCCACCUCAGGCCGUUGAGAAGUGCAGGCAUCUUGGAUGCCCUCUAAAGGCGGGAGGAGCAGGUCCCUUCUGCCGAGGUCAUUCUCUGCCUAACCCUCUGGACCACGUCUUUGCCAAGCCAUGCGUGCUGCCCAAGCCUUCCACCAAGAAAAUCUUCACUUCCAGUGCUUCUUCGCGGAUUGCCAGCCUCUCCAAAGACCUCGAGACCAGCGCUACGCAUGCCCCCCCGGCCAAGGCCAAACCCCACCCCACCCUCUUUGCUGCCUCGAAGGCAGAUGACGUGAGGGCCAAACUGACUCUGGCCAACCUCCUUUGCCCUCGGAAUGGGAACAACGUCUCCGCACAGCCCCACAGCAUCCCAAGCAUCCACGACGUGGGUAGAGCCAACAUGAUGCCUGUUCCACGUGCUGACACCGGUCGGGAAGCGCACCCAUCCUUUGUCCGAGUCAACCAGCCUAGAGACCAUAGCGUUUUCACCAAAGAAAUCCUGAAGUGGAGUUACGACAUGUUUGUUAACUUCAAGGAGUUUGGUCCACCAAACCAUCUCUUGCAGGCACUCGUUAUUUCUGUCCCGGUCAAGUUUCAGAACUACGAUGACUAUUUCAAGAUCUUCUUCCCUUUGAUGAUGCUCAACGCCUUUGAAGAGGUCGCGUGUGAAUGGCUGGAGAAUCUCAAGCUGAAAGAGUCGAAGCCUUUUCAUUUGACUUUACUGAAUUUCAACAUGGACUUAAACAAAGCCGAUUUCACAGCUAAUAUUUCCCAGCAUGAAAUAGCAAAUCAGCAAUAUCCCAAGGAAGAUGAUUUGGUUUUCCUAAUGGUAUCUGAGAAACGGUUCUACUAUGAUGAACGAGACGGGGAGAACCGUGUCGUCCGGCAUGUGGGUUUCGUGACUCAUUUUUCUCAGCCUUCCAUCCAUAAUACUAAAAAGAAGGAGCAACAGGUCACCUGUCACCUCUCCAUCCAGACUCAAGGAAAUCUCUCGCGCAUCGAGAAAGAGGUGAAGUGCAUGGUGGUCAGCUCCUUGGCGACAACCCACCGGAGGUUUCAGGCCCUCUUGAUGCUGAAUCGCAGCCUGUUAGCCAUGCCCAUCCUGUCUCCAAGCGCCCCCUACUUCUCCCCGAGAGAUUUGAACACCGAGUCUGAGAAAUCGCUUCCUUACAUGAAGGACUUCAAUGAAGGGCAGAGGCGAGCUAUUGAAAGUGCUUACGCCAUGAUAACCCAGCAUCCAUCUUUGCCCAAGGUCUGCUUAAUCCAUGGACCACCUGGGACGGGAAAGUCGAAGGUGAUCGUUGGACUUCUCCACCGCAUCCUUGGUGAGAGACCAGGAAAGGAGAAUUCCGUCCAGAGACUGAACGCCAAGAUCAAGACGAACCGCGUGUUGGUUUGUGCACCUUCCAACGCAGCCAUCGAUAACCUCAUGAAAAAAAUAAUUUUGGAAUUCAAAGCACUCCGGGAGAAAAACGCUUUAGGGAAUUGUGGUGACAUCAACUUGGUCCGUCUAGGACAACAGAAAUCGAUCAACAGCGAAGUCCGGAAAUUCAGCUUGGAUGAUCAGAUUGAUCGCAAGAUCAAUAAGGCCAUGCUCGGUAAACAUCAAGACCUCCAAAAAAAGAAGGAAGAUUUAGAUCGGCAGUUGGACGCGCUUUCUCGUCUGCGGGCCAUCGACAGAAGCGAGAAGGGGGAGAAGAAACAACAAUUGGAUGAUGAAAUCUGCCAGCUCUCGAAGGAGAGGCAACGCUUGGCUUCUCAACUCAAAGAGGCUCGUGGGCGAUCUCAGGAAUUGAAAGCAAGCAUCAUCUUGGAAUCCCAUAUCAUUUGCUGCACCCUGAGCACCAGCGGAGGGGUGCUGCUGAAAUCGGCUUUCCGGAGGCUGGGCGGGGACCCUGUCAGCUGCGUGAUUGUGGACGAGGCGGGGCAGACGUGUGAAAUCGAAACCCUCAUCCCUCUGAUUCAUGGCUGUAAGAAGCUGGUUCUGGUCGGCGACCCCAAACAGCUGCCUCCCACCAUCAAGUCCCUGAAAGCUCAGGAUUACAGAUACGACCAGUCGCUGAUAGGCCGUCUCUGCAAGCAUCUCAAGGAACAAGACCAAGAAAAUAUCUCUGGAAAAUUUCCAGUCCUUCAGCUCACCGUUCAGUAUCGGAUGCACCCAGAAAUCUGCCUUUUUCCAUCCAAAUAUAUCUACGAAGGGGUCUUGACCACUGACAGGAAAAUAGCAGAAGAUCGCUUCUCAUUGGCGUGGCCUUUCCAACCUUACUUGCUUUUUGAUGUCUUAGACAGCCACGAAGAACGAGAGAACGACUCCUAUUGUAACCCCCAAGAAGUGAAGCUGUUGGCGGAACUCAUGAAGGUCAUUAAAGGGAAGAAGAAGGAUAUCGGCUCGCGCCAGAUUGGGAUCAUCACCCCUUACAACGCGCAGAAAAGUAGGAUACGGAGACAGCUGGAUAAAGAAUUUGGAGAAAACAGUGUUGGGGAAAUUGACACCGUGGAUGGAUUCCAAGGCCGCGAGAAAGAUUGCAUUAUUGUCACCUGUGUGCGGGCAAACAGCUCACAAGGAUCGAUUGGGUUUCUGAAAAGCCUACAGCGUCUGAAUGUCACCAUCACCCGAGCCAAAUACAGCCUUUUCAUUCUUGGGAAGCUGAAAACGCUCAUGGAGAACAAAGACUGGAACGAGAUGAUCCAAGAUGCCCAACGGAGGGGGAACAUCAUCAAGACCUCCAAAAACACGUACAAAGACAGCGCCAUGAAAAUCCUCAAAUCCCGGCCGUUUUCCCACUCCGCCACGGCAACUCUAGGAAGAGGCGGCCAAGGAGCCCCGGUGGCCCUCAGUGGAGCCAAACCACAGGCCCUCCCCAGCCCAGACACCCAGCGCCCUCCGGUCUCCCUUCCCACUCCGGCCGUCAAAAGGACCCCUCAAGAGACGCUCAACCACCGGCCGCCCCCUGUGGCCCAGGUGAAACCAAUCCAGGACAGACCGCAGGACCCCCGUCUCUUCCGACGAGCGGAGUCGGCGUUAAAGGCCACCGGCUGCAAGGAGGGCCAGGCUCCGGCCUCGGGACCCUCGUCGGUGCAAAAACCCUCGGGGCCUUGGACAGUUCAGAGCCAUAGAAAUUCCACCUGCGCCCUGGGGGAAACGUCAAACCGCGUCGGACCCACGCCUAGCGCCCCUCUGCCGAGCAGAGGACCCUCCGCCGAGACCUCCCUCCCGACCCGGAACGUCCACCCCAGUUAUCCCCGGAGGAUAUUGGAGGUGCCCCAGGAGAAGGACAAUUCUACUGAGCCCAAGAAGAGACGCACCACUUUCUGACCUCCCAAGAUGCCUCUAUUCUUUGCCAGGUGUCUUGUAUUCAAGUCUUCCCAUCACCUCUUGCCUGCAAGUCUUGAGAGAGAGAGAGUCUCUGGACACCUGGGUCUCUAUGCAUAAAUAUCCUGACAUGAGGCGGAUGCGCCUUGAGAUAGCCAUAUAUUAAAAGAACUCCAAACUCUGUAAGCCCUAGGAGGCCAUGUACAUUUGUAUAGCAAAGAAAUCUUUAUUUUUUAGAGGCCAGGAAACUUCAGAGUGCCCAUUAAAUGCUUCCAUGUGUAUAAUGUCCUAUUUAACCGUGCAGGCGCCCAUCAGUCAAGGACUUCCGUCAGUCACCGUGCCGGUAUGCGUGGGACCCCUCCCCUUCUACUUCAGCAAGCCCCCCCAUCCCAGGCCUGACAUCCUGCUUAUUGGAUGGCUGAUUUCUUCGGGAUGCAAAACACAACGGGUUUGUGGGGGCAACUUUGCCCUGCUCAAUUCCGGGGGGGGGGGGGGGGGGCUUGCAGGAGGAUUGCUGUAGCGGACAUCGGCCCUGAAAGGCCUUUGCGCUGCAAGUAACAAAAGAACUUUUGUCGAGAGAUUCUGCAAAAUUCUCUUCCCCUCCCUUGCCUUUUUUCUGGGUUGUUGUUGUGUUGUUGUUGUUUUUGCAAAGUUAUGGAAAGAUUUGGGUUACCUUCUCAACUGGGCUAGGGAGGGGGGGGAAGUCCCUCUCUCUGCCUGCCCCACUACUCUGCGGUAAAUCUUUUAUUAAACUCUUGCAAUUUGGCAGUUUGCAAGCCACAUUUCCCCCGGCGUCUUUCACCCUCAAAAUUUGGGGGAGGAGGAUUCCAAGGAGGUGGAGUGGGGGGACUGCUUAAUUCUCACUGCCACUCAACCCUGGGCAUUUUCACUUGUUUUGAUAAAAAAAGUUGUUUGUGUUUAUAAAUAUAUAUAUAUAUAUCCAUCUAUAUAUCUAGAUACCCUUCUUGGUUUGAUAAAAAAGUUGUUUGUGUUUAUAUAUAUAUAUACGCAAUAUAUAUAUGAUAUGUAUAUGAUAUAUAUAUAUAUAUAUCUGUGAGAUAUAUAUAUAUGAUAUGUAUAUCUAUAUACCCUUCUGUUAUGAAUAAGCUAAAUGUAAAUACAUUAAAAUAGACCUUUUUUAAAAGAUCUUUCUCCCCUUUUCCCCUAAAUAAAUAAUUCAGGUAGUAUUUUCA